AUGUGCUUGAUUUUUCUCUUUUAUUCUAGUCAAUUUAAUAAGGUUUGAUUAUUACUUUGCUCGUACAGGUUUUCCGGACUUUAAUAAAGUUUAUUUAGAAAUGGAUAAAGAAACUGCAGCAAUCCAAAAGAAAUUACAAAAUGAAUUAGAUGCUUAUCAAGCUGGUCAAAAAGAUUUUCAAAAAUUGGCACAGCAAAGACAAAUUUUAGAAGGACAGUUGAAUGAAAAUCAAUGUGUCCUAGAUGAGUUAAAUUUGUUAGGACCCGACAACAAAGUAUAUAAAUUAUAUGGUCCAGUCUUAGUCAAACAAGAUUUAGAAGACGCUCGGCAAAAUGUUGGAAAACGUAUCGAAUACAUCAAAAAGGAAUCAAAAAGUUGUAAUGAUACUCUAGAAACAUUGGAGAAAAAACAGGAUAAACAUAGAGAAAACCUUAAAAAAUUACAACAACAGUACCAAAUUGUGAUGAAAUGAAAAUAUGUAUUUUAAAUACAUCUGCAAAUAUAUUUAAAAAACUCACUAUUUACGGCAAUCUCGGUGAGUUGUUUCUUUCUCGCACAUACAGCGAGAAUUUAUGCAUUUUGAACUAAUACUAACAAAGUUAAUUAAAAAGUUAAUA